CUCCUCACUUACUCGUAAAAUUAACAAUUGCAUUACGUUCAACUUAACAAAAUGACAUGUUGUUUAGUAACUACAUUAAUCUUUAUUGUUCUAUUAGUGUUUUUCUUGAGGAAGAAAGAUCCUGAUGCAAUAUUAGGUAUAUACUCUGUGCCCGGCAAAUGGUAUUAUUUAAAAUAUAUAGUGUUUUCAUGUCUUUAUUACUAUAGAAAGUAUUCGAAGAAAAACAAUGGAGCUGGUACGGAUGGGCAAGCGGGGCAGGGAAUGAGAGCCAUAGCAAAUCCGUCGGAAAUGGAUAGAGCGCAACCUCUGAGUGAGCACGCUAAGGCUUUCGACGCAGUAUUCUUCAUAUCGGCGAUGAAAGAUGAAAAAGAAGAUAAGGGCGUGUACAUAAUAUCAGGAUGCGAGCGACGACCAAUGGGCAUGUGCAAUGGGCUCUUUUACAUCGGGUUGCCGGGUAAAGGUCUUCUGUGCAGCAAGAAGAUACCGGAUACAGUGCUAUUCGGUGCUCAGAUUGGUGAAUUUGGAGCGGAAGGUAUAAUGAUUAAACCCGUUGAACCAAUGAAGAAGUGGGCCGUGUCUUAUAAAGGCCCAAUGUGGUAUCAAAAUGAGCCAAGCAAGGUGGUAGACGUCGAAUUCAAUGGCGAAUGGAAUGCAACGAGCGACUACUUCGAUUACGACUGUGAUCUACAUCCACCCGCUGUCAUCCGAUCCAUCGCUAGAGAAAAAUGGAGCAGGAAAUACUUUGAGUCACUUAAAACUGCUCACCAAUCUCACUAUGAACAAUUCGGCGAGAUGAAAUGCAAGUUCAAGAUUGACAAGGAGACGUUUGAAUAUACACUGCCGUCAUUCAGAGAUCACAGUUUUGGUCAGAGACGAGAUUGGACUCUAAUGCAUAGGUACGCCUUCCAUCAUAUCUUUCUGGAAGAUGGUACUAAUAUCAGCGUGGGAGUUAUUUGUCAACCCUCCACAGCCACCAGUAUGGAAGCAGGAACGGUGGGUCUGCCCAAUGGUGAGGUUUUACCUAUAAAGUGGGUAGACCUGAAACUGUACCAGCACGGGGAGGGCGGCACAGCACCCCGGGAUUACGCAUUCAGAAUACAAGCUGGAGAUGAGGAGUACACUAUCCAGGUUUUGGUGGAGUACGAAUCAACCCACUACGUGUCUCAAGAGUGGGACGCGCGAAUGGUGGAGCGCUUUUGUAAAUUCAUCGUCAACGGUGUUCCUGGAAGAGGGGUCUCAGAGUUUCACUACCGUCAUAAAGAUGGCCGACCAGAGAGCGUGGCUAAAAACGACCCUGAUUGGUUUAGGAAAAUGUGUCAUAAAAUAUAAAUAUAUUAAAAUAAAUGUUUGUCUAAUAGU